GGCGCUGCACCGCCCUGCGCCCUGCCCUUCAGCCCCGUACUCGGAGGGAAAAGCUCGCCGCUUAGGGCCCGGCAGUUGUCGAGGUGGUUUUCCUAGUAGUUGGUGGUCUGAGGUCAGGCCUCAAGUGGAAACGGCAUCACCAUGAUGACCGGACGGCCGGGCCGAGUGCCCUUAAAGUUGCUGCAGGAUGAGGCCCGGAGCCUGCCCCCGCCCAAACUGACCGACCCGCGGCUCGUCUACAUCGGCUUCCUGGGCUACUGCGCGGGCCUGUUUGAUAACGCGCUCCGGCGGAGGCCCGUGAUGUCUGCAGGUUUGCAUCGCCAGCUUCUAUAUGUUACUUCCUUUGUUUUUGUUGGAUAUUAUCUUUUAAAACGUCAAGACUACAUGUAUGCCGUGAGAGACCAUGAUAUGUUUGGGUAUAUAAAAUCACACCCAGAGGAUUUCCCUGAGAAAGAUAAGAAAACUUAUGGUGAAAUUCAUGAAGAAUUCUAUCCAAUACGUUGAAGUCUUCAAAAUGCUUGCUCCAGUUUCACUGAGACCUGUUAUUUCUGAAUUUUAUGGAACAUGUUUUCAUGACAGCUGAAGUUUAUGUUAAUCUAUGUGUUAACACCUUGUAAUUAAAAUAGUUAUCGUGA